GUAGUCUUCGACACGUAGAAUCGAGAUCAAUGGCGAUUUUAUCAAGUGACAGUUCUUCGGUGCUGUCGAAAAAGCUGUUUUCAUCAGUUGCCAGAGAUAAACGUUAUAUUCGAAAUGUAAACAACUGACAAUUGAGUCAUGCAACUUACGUAUAAGAUUUUUUGGUAGAAAUAUGUAACGUUGCGAUACUUUUGGGGAGAAAAAUUACGUUAUAACCAUGGCGGAUGCAGACGUUUAUGGUAGUACGACCCCAUCCCCGUGGCUCUCCGACAUGCCAAUAAAUGAGCAAUUCAUCUGGUUACUCUGUUCAUUAGUAUCUGUCAUCUCCUGGGUUGUUUAUAUCGCCUAUUACAACAGCAGAGUUAUUGGAUACGUUCUUACUAGGUUGCUUAACAGAUUUGUCAUCCGUGAUGGAUAUGUUAAAGUUGGAUCAUUUACUCUUAGUGCACUGAGUGGGAAAAUAAUGUUCCGAGAUAUAGUUUACAUCACAAAUGAUUAUAGCGUAAGAAUUCAAGAUGGGUGGCUUAUAUUUCGAUGGUGGAGAAGUUAUGUUCCAAAAGAUGUUUCUGAAGAUUUGUCUCAUUCUGAUACUCGUCUAUCAGUUAUGUUGAAUGGUUUUGAAUUGCAUGUCUAUAAUCGCUGUGAGCUUUAUGCUCAACUCGAGAAACUCUUUGGGUUAACUCCCCAAGUGUAUCCUGACGAAGAAAAUCAUAAUGUAAAUAUCGACGAUAAUGAUAAAGAGUCCAUAAGCAAUGUAGCAAAUGAAGCCCGUCACCAAAUAAAUGCAAUGGAUGUCACUCGGCGAGUUAAUAAUAUCAGAAGACAGGAAGCUCAUGUAAUUGCUAGAACUUGGAGAGAUUUAAUUCCUGUCAUUAAGUUGGACAUUUGCACUGGAAGAGUAGUGUUUGGUAAUCGUUUAGUUCCUACAACCCUAUCCAUAACGGUCGAAGAAGCACAUUUCGUAUAUUCUACAAAGCCGGCUGCAUCUCGAUAUGAUCAUUUCAUGCAUUUCACCAAAUGCAAGGCUGAAAAUUUCAAAGUCAUUCUGGCCCCUAGUCCUAAGUAUAUUGGAAUGGUGGAUGAACCGCCAAGAUACAUGGGUGAAGGAUUUGUUGUGCUGAGUUCGAAUAAUAUGGAGCUUUAUUAUUACAUGGAUCAGCCAGGUGUAGUUCCAGAGCAUCCAGAAAUGAUUAGGUUAGCAAACGGGGACAUGGUUGAAGCGAUGCCUCCCAUUUGGGGAAUUGAUAUAAAGUGUGGUAAAGGUACAGACUUCAGUUACGGCCCAUGGGCUGAUAGACAAAGAGAACAUUUAUUUAGGUUUUUUUUCCCAAACGAUUAUCAGCCAUUGAAAAUUACAAAAGCACCUGUUCCUGGCGAGAAAAGACAAGUUCAGUCGUUUGAUAUUCGUUUGUCAACCCUGAACGAAGCUACGGUCGAUAUAUUAUUCAGCAAGAACAAAGAAACCAAUGCAAUCCACAUAAACGUCGGUCCUGGAUCAUACUUAGAAGUUACCAUGCCUUGGAUAGUGUUGCAAGAUGGUUACACUACAAAAAUAACAGGACAGUUACUGCAUCUCGAGGCGACAACCAGUUUACAGUAUAGAAGUUUAGUUGAAAGUGAAACUUUGGAGUUUGGAAUAAAGUGUCAUUAUCCUAUAAGAUGGAACGAUCAUCAGGAAUGGGUACUAAAUCUUACCGGCUGCAAAGCAACUGCUAAUUUAGUUUAUUCACACAAAGAAUUCUUUCAAGAUAUGAUUAAUGAUUGGGCCAGUAAAGCGAGGCCAGAUCUUUUACAUUUUGUACCAUAUACCUGGAAGUUUAGUUUACUAUUGAAAGAAUUUGAAUUAUUAACUAUAAGUAACGAAUACAACUGGAUCGACUGUUCUUCUCAGAAUCAAGAAAAUGCGCACAUUGCAUUUUGUGGAGACUUGUUCGAUCUUUCGUUUGAUCUGCCGUUUGUGGAUUUUCUCCCAGUUACAAUACCGCUGCGAUUUUGGAUACAAGGCGAAAGUGUGGACUUGUCUUUUUAUCUACCCGAAGUAAAUACAAAUCGGAACAUUCUAUUAGCCCUACAUAAAAAUGCAAAGAUUGUGUCAAGAGAUGGAUCGGUUCGCCAAUUAGCAGACUUGGAUAGAAAUAAGAAGUGGAGAAACGUAUGUCAGAAGGAAUUUGGCUGGGUCGAUUGCUGGUCUGUGCCUAUCGUUGCAUUGAGCAUCAAUUAUACGUAUCAUCCCUGCCCACCUCUGGGCCCAACUCCUCAGGCAAAUAUAACUACUCCAGAAAAAGAGGAAAUUUUAUUAUCGCCAAUGCGAAUACCCAGAUGUAGAAAAUCUCCAGGACUUCAUUGGACUCAGGAUGGUUCCCAAAGAUUUGAUCCACAAUCCCUUUCACCAGACAAAGUUAGUCUAGAAUUGGAAAUAGGCCCAUCAGUUUUAAUUACAUAUGGUUCACUUAUCAAAAAUUUUGUACAUUUGAAAGAAAACAUUUUUGGAGACUAUCAAUCUUUUACUGAUAUGCAACAAAGUCGUAGUUCGUCCACCACUAUGAGUAAUGAGCGCACCAAAGAAAGAGAUGUUCAUAAUAAUAGUAUCGAAACGUCAGCAGAAGACGAAGAGUUAAAAUCGAAGCCCUUUGACCCCAGAGAUUAUCGACCUAUGGAAGUCACUGUGGGGAUCACAAUGCAUGAUAUUCAAGCUCAUCUUGUGAAAAACUGUAAUGAAAAUGAUCCCCCGUGCCCAGUUAUUCUGUUGGAGCGCUUUGGCUUUGAAAUGAAAAAAGGCUACAAGGAAACAGAAUUGCAGUUAUUGCUCUCUCCAGCAAUUAUGUUAUUGAUGGAUAAUGUAACAAGAUCUGGAAGGGAUAAACAUUUGAAUCAAGGGCACCUUAUGCUGAGCGCACUGCAAGUCAGAGGACAUGCAAUGUUUAGCGACGAAGGAAGAAGCUUAGACCAAGAAACGUUAGAGUAUGCUUGGUUGAUAGAAGUUCAAUUAGGAAAAUUGAGUGGUAAAAUAAGUUCCCCGCAAUUACAUCAUCUUUUCACUACGUUAGAAACGUUUUUGUUAAUGGUGAAAAAUACAGAGAAUAAUUUAAAACCUCCCGGAACACCACAUUUCUGUCAUCAUGGCCUACCUCCACUUCAAUGUGCCGACAGUGACCCAGAUAACCAUUACAGGUGUCCUACUUCAGAAGACAUAAAGUAUAGAAUGACAAGAGUAUCGUUAGACGCCAUUGACUUAUAUCUGCAAGAAGCUGGAACGGCAAUUCAGAUUUGGAUGUCACCCAUUCGCGUGUCUACUUGUAAUCUUCAUGGUCAGCAAGUGAAGUCCGGUGUUACUGGAGUCUUACCUGCGAUACUAAUACGCCAGUUUGUAUCAGCAGCUGAACAUUUUGCGAAUGCCAGUAACACAAACACAACUGGAAGCGGUCGAUCACAUAAUAACGCAAGCAGCCGCAUGUCAGGUGAUGGGUCUGAUAUUUGGCUUGAGGUGGGCUCAGUAUCUUUAGGCCCAGUUAUAAUAGAAGCAGCGAUUUCAUUGCCAACACCAGAACACAAUUUACAUUUGGUGCAGAAUAAAUAUUUAAAAAUGCAUGAUGAAAGAACGAAACGGUUGUGGUUUUUAUGGCCUGUAGAAAGUGGUGUAAAAGCAGCAAAAUGUGGAUGCAUUGGUGGCUGUGCAUUUUUUGGCAACAAUAAAAAUGGCACAAGAUUUUUUAAACCGAGUUACCACGAUUUGCAGGAUGGUAUUAAUGUCGCUGCAUAUAGAAUCUAUGAAACUGGGAAAGAAAAGGGCUUUGGACAAUCUAUUUUGCAUGAAGGCCAACUAGUGUUUCAUACACCCCCCUACAGCUUGCAAGAUGUAUCAUUGCAAGACAUUCAUUAUCCAAAUGCAUAUCUCAAAGUAACAGUUGUUCCUGACGAAGCUCAAAGUCCUAAAGCAGGGUUCGAGAGGUCAAGAUCAACAAUCGAUCAUAGUAAAAAUUCGAGCAAGGAAGGAAACAGUAGUACUAAACUAAGUACAGCUUCGGUCAGCCCGUUGGUUGGAAUGGCAGAAAGAAAACCUCUGGGGCGAAGAUUUUCUUACACAUCUGUGCGGGGAACCAACAUGAAUGAUGUUCCAUACGCUCGCCUAGUUGAUGCCAGUCCCACAGUACAACUGCCGCAAAAGCUGGAUUCAGACUCUAUAUUAAAUACAGAACGAAGUAAAUCAAUACUGAAUGUUCCUGAAAUUGAAACUGCACCAAAAAGCAGUGCCUCAGAUUCAAAACUAGCUGUUGAUUACUUUCAUACACCAGCUAGAGAGUGUUUGCAGCAAAGUAGUAGUCCACAAUCGUUACCAACUGUUCCAACAGAACAGACUCCGCCAACUACACAAAAAUUAGUAAGCAAAAAAGAUGGUGUCAAUGUUUCGGAGUCUCACCAUUCAUUAUGUGCAAGAUCGGAUUCUGAAGAACGUUUAAGACAAGAGGUACAGAGAACAAUAUCUAUGUCAUCUGAAAACCAUUCUGAAGCAUUCUACUCUGCGGAUGAAGACAUCAGUCAUGGCCUUGGUGGAAGUCGAACCUCCAGCCUUCGACAGUCUAUUGUUGGUUCUGGUACCGUCUUGAAUCACAGUGAAACCAUGAAAAAGAAGUUUUCCUCAGAUUUGUCGAUAGUUGAAAGUUCAACAAACGCAAAUCGCACCGUAGUAGAAAAAGCACAUACCUUAGAGAGAACUAAGACACAAAACUUGCACUCUAAGAAAAGUUCGAAGGUGAACAGAAAUGCUAGUUUCAGAAGUGUAGUCGAUACUAACGAAGCUGGUACCCUAAUUGAUACAUCUGACAGUCAUUCUGUAUCCUCAACAAGUUUUAUAUCAGCUAUGUCAUCACAAGAAGACAUGACAUUAGUGAAUUUACAUAUGCAAGUUAACAAACCGAUUGUUGAUUCCCCACUGUUAAUGUCAAGCUAUGUCAGUCAUCUGACUCAGGUUCGGUGUUCAAACUGGGUUCAAUCAUCAUUACCCUGUAGUGGUGAUGCUUUCACCACGCCCUUAUUUCAAAGGACUGAAGAUGGCAGGUUGGUUUACAUUGGUGGGCGUUAUGUACCGAAAUUCGAUGCAGUCACUGAAGGUUUCACAUCAUUGAAGAUGAUUACUAGAAUUGACGGAUCACCUAGAGCAAGUUCUUCUAACAAGACGCCAACACAUCCUUAUAUUUGGGAUAGCAGUGCAUUGAUUCAGUCUGAAGGUGAUAACAACGAUAUCGCACAUGACGAAGAAGAAUUAUUGACUGUACAGCACGAAACUGGUUCUCGUACAACUGUUAUUCUGAAACUGAAGGGUGAUAUCGAUAUUAUGUUGAGUCCAAUGGUAUUGGAAUCGUUACAGCGUUUUAUUGAUGCCAUAAUACCAACAUUGGCUACUUUGCAUCCAUUAACGAUCUUAAAUCACCUUCACAAUGAGUGUCUUGGGAGAGUUGAAGGUGCCAAUAUUUUGAAACAGGAUCAGAGUUUAUCUUACUGGAGUCAAGUGCAAACUAGUUCCAAACGGUCAACUGCAGAAAGGAAUAUAAAAAACGGAAAUGUCCAAGUUGCACUACAAACGAGCGUUUAUGAAGAAAGUAUUACUACUCAAGUACAGGGUACUAUAAUCUUACCAAAGGUGAAUAUAACAUUGUUACAAGCGUCAGUUGUGGAAGAAAUUAUUUCAUUUUCUGCACUGGAUAAUAUUCGAGACUUGACUUGCGUUUCAUUGUUUGCCAUUUGCUUUGACAAUGUUACGACGAGAUUUUAUAUUGGCAAACAAGCAAGAGAAGUAGUACAAACAUUUCAUAAGCCAGCAGUACAGCCUAAUCAGAAGAAGGUGAAUAAAAUUAGUAAAGCCUUUUUACCCGCACAUCAAACCGCUGCCGCCACUGAGAUUAUUGGUGGAGAACCAGUUUAUAUUGAAACAUCAGAAAAACAACAAGAAGAAACUAUAGUUACUUUGAAUAUUGGAAAGAUUCAUACACAAUUACGGCGACUUCGAAAUGAAUCAUCAAUAUUAAAAGAUGCAGUAAUAACAGCUAUACCUGUACAUUACUCCAAAGUGUUGUUUACAUGUACACGAAUAACUUCGCCCUUAAAAUGUGUUGACUAUUACCUGCAUCAACCUGUCGAUGAAAAAGAUAAAUAUUGCACACAAACCGGUCCGUCCCAAGCAACUGAAGAAUUCACAGUGGGCAGUGGGGAGGACAAAUUAGGAUUCAUAAUGUUUGAAUGCGGCUUCGAAGGGAUUUCAUUGAAAUGUGUCAAGAGAUCACAAUUUGAGAAAGGUGAUAAUGGGCACGAGGAUAAGAAAUCAGAAACGGAAAUUUUUUGUACAGAUAGCAUCAAAAGCCGUGAUGAACUAGAAAAUACCAUUGCUUCAACAUCGGCAACAACAGAAACAGACGUGGGUGCAACAAAUACUUCUAAUACAACGCGAAUAAAUACUAGUGCUACAUGCACUAGUUUAGUCGCCAAAGAGACUAAUGGCAACACAAGCUCGUGCAUUAUAGAACUAAAAACGGUGUGGUUCAAUUUCGCGGCUCCACCGAGAACUCCGAUAACUAGGAAAAUCGAUUACACUAGAUUGGAUUGGAAUUUAUUGAGCACAGCAUCCCCAGCCAUAAAUGCCUGGAUGAAUCCCAGCAACAGAUUUGCCAUUAGAGUUGUACACAUGGUUAAAAGCAUGUAUCGAAGGUCUACUGCCAUCGUGGCCUGUCUCAUGGCUGAAGCAUUGGAUGUACAGGGUAUCCACAUGCCAACAAAAAGUCGAUAUGGAAGAUUAACACCACUAGCCAAAACUUUGCAAGAAGAUCCAUCUUGUCAAUUAGGCAGUAUAUUACAAAAUUACGUUCUACUGUCCGAUCUUUCUACAAUUGAGGCAAACUUAAGAACAGCUGAUCUACCUCCACUGUCUACCCUUCGUCAGGGUGUUAUAGUGUUGAGCAGACAGUGGAAAAAUGUACUUUACACUCCUUUACUUUUGGAGCAUAACUACAAAACGAAGCAUGUCAAGCCUCUGAACGUCACAUUUGCUGUACCCGAUCCUGAUGAGGAAAAUUUGCUGACGGAUGGGGAAGGUAGUGCAGGAGAUGUUGACGAUCAGGAAGUGACAGAUGAGUGUGCAAUGCUGAUCCAUGCCGACCACAUACACAAACAUGUACAAAUCAAGAGCGGCCAAGAUAAAAGCCCAGGUAUGUGUGGCGAUGGUUUGACGGUUCCUGUAAGCUCUCCUCGGGGACGUGAUACCACUCCUUUGCCAACACCAGUUCCUGAUCCGGAUUCACUCACAUCUCCCUCUCCGCCAUUAGCUCCACCUAGGAGAGGGAGAUCAUUGCAACCUACACAAGUACCCGCGAGCACACGAGCAAGUAUUGUUUUUCCAUUACUUGCAAGUGGCGGGCUGUUCCAUCCGCCGCGUGAGACUAACAAUAUUAGUUACGGUGCAUUACGUGAAGAAAAAUCACCGCAAAUUCAAGUUUCCCAUUCUCAUCAACUCGGGUCAAAUCCGAGUAUUUACUCGGGUGGCAUUGGUCAUGGAAGUCACCACAGUAUAGGAAGCUUAGAUCAAGUUACUUCACCUUCCAGUCAUAAUGCUAAUAGACCUGUAAGCGCUGGAGAAGACCUGUACAGCUGGAUGGCUAAGCAACAAGAUUUUAUAAAAGAUAACGAGAAAGGAAAUCUUAAAGGAAAUUGGGUCUUUCGCACUGAGUCGAAAACUAUAAAGGACUCGAAAAUUAAUACAAUGACAACAGAAGAUACAGAAGAUUCAGAUGCCCAUAGUGGAACGUAUCUUUAUCCAAUGAAAGAUUCACUUCGCCUAUUAGAUGCGCAUUUAAUUUUUGAACCACUCCUAUCAUCUCUGUCUGUCAUGCCCCAACAAAUGCUCUCAGCUAUUGGUUCUGGUAACGCAAAUAAUGUUUCUUCUUUGGAGUCACUUGGAUCCAACUUGUCACUAGUCGGCAGCAUGGACACUAUGCGCAUUGACAUAGUCGUCAGCGAAUUCGGAAAAAUGUCAGAUAAAAAGAAAGGGAAUAAAAAUUCAGGCAAAAAAAUACCUGGUACAAAAUUCUAUCUUGACAUACCACCAGAGACUCCUGCAUUCUUAUGCGAAAAAAUUGGCGUUGAUAUUGAUAUAAAGGAAAUGGCUGAUAUGACUGUCGACGAUAUGAUUCAGAAACAAAAUGUAUUAUACAUCUCAAGAGGACAGUUGAAAAAGCACACAAGCAAAGUAGUGAAUUUCAGUCUGAACAUUAGAUACAUUAGUCAGCAAGUUAACAUGCCGCUGUUAAGAUUGUUACAUCAAAUCAGUAACAUGUACCAAAAUGUUAAAGAAACACAAAUGGAGUUGAAAGAGCAACAACCCGAGGCAAAGAGGAAUGGUAAUGCGACGGUGAUUGACAGUGCACCUAAGAAUGGUUCUACUUCAACUUUCGAAUUACAAGAUCAAUUAUUAGUUGAAGGUAAAAAAACUGACGAAAAUUUACUUGGAAGUAAUCUGGAUACUACUGGUCAGCCCAAAGUGAUUUCUCCAUCAGCAAGUAUGAGGUCUCGUCCUCAAAGUUUUGCACAAAAACUGCGGAGCACUGGCAAAAGUGUGAAAGGCUAUAUCAAUUUGAGUGAGGGUGUAAUCACCCCUAAUUUUGGAGCCAGUCCAAGUGGAUCUGGCUUGGAUAAAUUCAGUGUUUUGUCAGAUAAAUGUAAAGAUACUUCAAACUUGACACCCAAAUGUUGGAAGACCAUUUAUUACCUAUUGGAUCUAUACGCAACGCGGCCAGAAACCAAAACAAUCACACAUAGGUUUUCUAUACCUGCUGAUACAACGGAUAAUUCGAAAAGUGGAAGAAAGACGGAAAAUUUAAAUGAAACAAAAGAUGGUGAUGUUGAAAAGGGACUGAGUCAAGACCCUAGCUCUACACCUGUUCCACCACCAAAAGAAUUGAAUCUCGUCACAGGUGAACGAACAAGACUGGUAAUAUUUGGCGUAGCUAGAAUACAUAGGACCAGAUUGUUGGCCACUUUGAGCGGUCUGAAACUGGAAGCAGAAAUAACCAGUCUACAUGCCAGUUUAACACGUCGGAAAAAGUCUAGACCAGCUAGCUCAGAAUGUAGUUUAACUGGCCAAAUUGGUAGAACGAUGAUUGUAUUGUUAGAGGGGGUUGCUCCAAAUCAACAAACUGUGGUGAAAGUCACUGUUGGAAAGUCACAAGCAUUGUAUUCAAGUAUUACAAGACGACAAAAAGAUAAAAAUAGUGGAUUACUGACAGUUGGUGCUGUCAAUAUCGAUAUACCCCAACACCCUGUAGCGCUUCAUGGUAUGAUGACAAGAGGUAGUAAACAACUUUCAUCCACUCUACAGGAACUCAGAGUUACUAGAACCUCGUCCCGAAUGUCUCGAGGUCAACAACCUGAAGAAACAGAUGGUGUGUCCGGUAGUCCUCAUCAUUAUCCACCAGCACCUCCGGUUGAUAUAGAAAAACCGCGUCCAGUUUCUAGUUUACUGGAGCCCAUUGUUAUGCAAUUUAAUAUAAUUCUUCAAAGCUUGAGCAUAACUGCGGCUCUAUUACCUUCUUUACAAGCCCAGUACAAAAUGGACCAAGUUAACAGUUCUGGGAUAACAGGAAGCAAGGCUAAAUUUACAAUAGACUUACCUCACCACAGCCUCAGUUUUACAACGAAGCUACAGGUAACUGAGGCUAACCUUCCUUCUGAGGCAAGCAUCGAAUUACCCAAAGUUCAUGUAUCAGCGGAAUAUAUCCAAGAUGGAAGUAGCAAUUUGAACGAUAGUAAAAUUGCUGAUGGUGUUGUGUUAAGACAAGGCAGCUAUCUCAGUGCAACUGCAGAUAUUGGUAUAUUCGAGCAUUCCUUGACUACAGAUUUGUUGAAUCACUUAGUCUUUGUUCAAAAAGUCUUUAUGAAGGAAGUUAAUGAAGUGGUUCAAAAAGUUUAUGGUGGUGAAAAGCCUGUGCCACUAUGGCUGGAAGAUGAAGAACCGACGAGCACUAGUUUGAAGAGAAUAUUGUUCUCGUUGGUAAUUCGUAUAAAGCGCAUUCAACUUACAGCUACAACACCUACUAAUUCUGCAGUUCGUUUAGAAACUGGGGCUGUGGAAUUUCAAUUAUCAAAUAGAGUACAGAACGUCUCUGGAGCUACCCAACCAAAUCCUUACAUGAAAUUAUUUGGCAAGGCACAGGUUGAUAUUAAUCUGAGUCUGGGUCAACUACUAAAGAAUGUCAUGUUCGAAGAGGCGGAACCAGAAUUUCAACAGUUUGCAUUUUUCAAUACCAGAGUUGGCUUACGAAACGCAUUUCAAGAAGAAAUGGCCCAAGGAGAAGACAAGGAAGUAGUCUUAAUUACGCUAAAACGACCAUUGAUCUAUAUUCAGCCAAUGGCAGUUGAUAAAGCAAUUCUUGUAUGGUUAAAUUAUAAAAAUGCAUACGAAUAUUGGAACGAAAAACGUGCGAAUUUGAAUAAAGAGGUGUUAACAGCCACUCAGCAAGUUUUUGAAAAGGUGCCAUUUGGACAAUUGACAAGUCAACUCAGUGCUCCUCAUUUAGGAACAUUAUUUUUACAACUAACUGUUGACGAUAUGGGAAUCUGUGUACCCUUAAAUUCACUCCCACCGAACAAUUGGGGUUUGAGUAGAGGCUUGUAUGAUGGAGAGUCACGUGGAGCUGUUGUCGUAACACUCGAAAGUACAAGUAUUUCUGCAUGCAGUAGUGGCAGUCUUGUCAGCAAAGGAAGGUUUGUUGGCUUAUGUUUGAGAUUUGCUGAAGAUUUUGAGACUUCUUUGGAUGAUUGGAAACCUGAUAUGACAGAUAGCAGCAUAAUGAACUUAUGCGUGGUGUCAGAAGGAACGUACGAAGUAUGCAGUAGAACUGUGGCACAAAAACAAGAUAAGUCUGACAAUGCGAAGUGGCUACUGAAUGUUCAAUGGCAAAUGGAAGGUGUUGAUAUUCAUCUUGAUGUCAGCGUGGGGCAACAAUUAUCUGCAUUAGGUCAUACUUUGACGAUGUUGACUGGCUCGGAAGAGGACGAUAAUCACAUAACUGUUGAUUAUGAUAGUGACGAUGCUGAUGAACAAGAGAACAGUACUAGCCAGGUUAAAAAAAAAGAAAGUAUUUUAAUGAAGAAAUCAAAGAAUUGGACCGACAAUCUACCAGCUUUUGUAUAUGAUCCCUCUCUUGACGCAAAAAAACGCUCCAAAUUGAUAGAAAAAGAAAUGAAUGAACAGGCAAAAAUAAUAAAUGAUCUCCGGUCACUAGGUGCAUCCCACGGAACCAUUGAACAAGAAAUGAAAAGGCUCAAGGAACUAGAAGUUAUGGUAUUUAAAGAUUUUCGAAGAGAUAUGAUACAAAAAUUGAGAAGACAGUCUGUGAAGGCAUCGGGAAUAAAAGGAAAAUUAGGUCUUGGUAGCAAAAGUAAUGCUUAUCGUUCUCGAUCAUUUAUCGUUCCAUCACCAACACCUGAGCAUCAACUUGAAAGCCCUGAAGAUUUGAAUGCUGAUGUAAACUCUGCUAACUCUGCAAGUUUUGAAAGUAGUCCAAGAAGUGGUCCAAGCCGAUCGGCAUCGCUAAGGGUUAGAGGUCUUAGUGGUCCAAGAGUUACCUUCAGUGAUACCCACACAAUGUGCAGACAGUCGUCAUUACCGAGUGCCGGUUCUGAGUUGAGUUUACCGGAAGGAAAUUUAGAAUGGCCAGAUUCAAUUGAUAUUGAAGGAGAGCAAGUGGAAUUACGAAAGAAACACAGGGAUACAAGCUGUGCUUCUAGCUACGAUAGCAUGGAAGGAAGUGCACCGCUCCUUGAUUCAUAUGUGAGAGAACAAAUGUCGUCAACUUCCUCACCACAUAUUAUAUCCCAGAAACCUCAAGAACCGAACAUCGAUUUUGAACUCGAUGUAAAAGUACUUAUCAACAGUGGAAAGUGUGUACUUCAUACCAAAGACUCUGCCAGGGAAGAUGAAUUAAAGUUGCUAAGCAGAAUGAAAAAAGAGAGAUCCUGUUCUGGCGGAACCUUUGAAUUUCAGCCAAGCAGUCCCAGCAGUAGUAGACGGCAUCUUAAUAGUAAAGAAAAAUCAUCUGCAUCCAGUGCAUCAAGACUCAGAUAUCUACAACACACAAAUGUUUCAUUAGUUGACCUAACCAUAUUCCAUAUACCGGGAUUGGACGUAAAGGUUCAUUAUGAAUCGAAAACACUUCUUGAGGAAUCAAUAUCCCCUCGAUUGUCAACGGAUAACAACUUGUUGAAUCCGUUAUCGGCAACCACUCUUCGAAAAUCCGGUACUAAAAAAGCAAGCCUUUUUGCAUGGAUGACUCUGCAAAGUAUUCCAGAAGAAACUAUCAUAAGCCCACAUAUACUUGAAUUUCUGGAGCAAACUUUGGAACCGAUACCAAGCAAAACAAGUUUUCAUACAGGUGGACAAACAAGCACUGUAUUUACUGCGGAAAAUACUGAAAGUUCUUCGUGGGCUGCAACAGCUGCGAGUGGAAACUAUGUUUAUGCAAGUUUUCCGGUUGAUGUUAUCGUUUACUUUCAUAUGCAGCCUUCCACUUUUAGAUUUUCAUGCUUACCAGUAUCUCGUGUAGAAUGUAUGCUUCAAUUACCUUCUCUUGAUAUUGUGUUUUCAUCCAAACGUGCGGAAGAAGAGUUGACUGAAUUUAAAGAGUACAAAUCUCCGUCCACUCAUACAAUUGGCAAAGAGAGCGGCUCAGCAAUUGGCGGUUUGUCAGUAACUGGCUGUCUUGCAGAUUUUUCUGUUUAUAUAUUUCAUCCUUAUGGUGGCGGGAAAAAAUCUGCACUAAAAGAAGCUCAGUGGUCGCCAUUAUCAGACAGUGAACGAAAGGAUUCUUUGAGUAUCAAUGUUGAGUUUGUGAAAUUCCAUUUAUCCAGGAGUCGAAAAUUAAAUUUUCCAAAUGAACAGACUAAAAAAAGCACGGACACCAGUAGGGCAGUCAUAAGGUUUUCAACAAUUGUUGACAUUGGAUCAGCUUCUUUUAAAUAUGACAUGCGUCGAUUGACAGAGAUUCUUGCCUUCCCUAAAGCAUGGUAUCGUCGCAGCAUCGUAAGGCGCCUCUUUCUUGGUGACCUGAGUACAGCCUCUGCACAUUCUGAAGGCGAUGACAGUCCUCCACUAAAUCAAGAAGAAGCUGUAAUGGGUAGCUCUUUAUUACGGCACUAUGACAGGCCUGCCGGAGAUACUUUGUCACGUUCAGCACCUGAAAGAAGCCCUACUUUGAAUAGAGAUAAAUUAAGACUGAGCUUAGAGGCUGACAUGCCUAAGCAAUCUAGAUUAAAAGAUAUUGGCAGAGGCUGGAGUUUCAAUUCAGAUAAACAAACACCAUCAGAAGUUAAAUCACGAGAAUCGGCCUGGGAGACUCUGGUUCUUUUUGCAGUUAAUUUUACUCGAUUAAAUGUUCAUAUGAAUAUGGGAAAUGUCAUGGGUAACGUGAUGUGGAUGACCAAAGAUUUCCGAAGUGAUGGAAGACUCUCUAUUGGUAGCAUUGGGCAUAAAAAUCUGUAUAUUGGUGUGGGAUUAGGAGGAUCAAGCUUAGAUGCAAAAGGUGGAAUUGUUGGUGGUACCAUUGAACUUAGCAAAAUUGACACUUAUAUUCACAUUUGCGAAGAACCUGGCACAGAACCUGAUCAUACAGUUGGACUAAAAUUAUUUGCUCUUGAAUUACGCUUAGACUACAUGGGGACCAGUGUAUUAAUGUCAAGAGUAUCGUCACUAGAUGUAACGCUCAGAGAUGAGUGGAAGAUUAAUCGAACAAACAGUGGAGAUGCUUUUAUGCCAACGAGGCGGCCAGCCAUAAUUUUCAUGCAUGGUGAUCUGGGUUGGGAUCAGCUUCAAAUUAUGAUAAGUAAAUCAACAACUGCAGAUUUAUUAAAAAUGUUCUACAAAUUGGACGAGUUUUUCAGCCAACAAUUUAGGAGUAGUAAAAGAGUUUUUAGCUCACUCCAACCGAGGCAUCAAAGAAUGAAUAAUACCAGCUUCAAACGAAAGCAACAGAAAAAGAGAACCACUCUUGACGGGCCGUGGACAAUGAAUCAAGCUGCAGUAUCGGAUGCGCGACAUCAUAGACACUGGCAACGUGUGUUAUCUCAGGUUGCCGGUCUUCAACUUGGGACCUUAAGGUUUUCUCUACCAUUUAAUGGUACAGUUCUAGGAGGAACAAUGGAACUACACGGUUGUAACAUUAGCUUAGCCUGCUUCCAUGGUAUAAAUUUCAAGAGUAAAAGUUGGGCAUUGUUUUCACUGAAAGAACCCUGUAUUAGCUUCGCCACUGAAGCACAAGAGAUACCAAAUGUAGAGUCACCCGAAACCUGCGACGUACAUGUUGUACAAACGCUGACUAUAAGUCUUGGCCAACAACAGCAAGAACAACAUGCCAGACAUCAUUCUAUGGCAACGGUAUGCAGACUAAGUCGCAGUGUCUUAUUUCCUCCGCAAUUUAAAUCCCUUCAAGAGUGGUUCCACUAUGCCUUUGCCAAUAGUGAAAUAGAUGGAGUCGACAGAUUUCCAUGUGUUGAAAGAGAAAGAACUGAUAGUACGUCCGAAAGUAAUAAUGGGCCAAGGGGUAGAAGUACUUCGACAACGUCUGGAAAGAUGCAAGAACAUUCUCAUACUAGGGAAGUUAUAUUUGCCUUACCGUCCUUACAACUUCACCUCAAAACUGAGCAUUUGCAAAGUGCUAGAACUCCAGAUGUGAUUGGACUACCUAAGCAUAUUUUGUAUAGUGAGAAGCCGCUGGUGGAAUGUAGUUUUAUUACUGAAUUUGAGGACCAUAUAUUCGUCACUGUGGAUGCUGAGGCCUUCUUUUUCCUACAUGACCUUAUUACCUCCUAUGUGAAAGAAAAAGAGAGAGUGCAUGCAAUGCAAGGUGCCAGAGCCUACAGUCCAGACCCGCAAGAGAGACGGAACGCUAAUUUAAAUACAUCUAAUGCGUCAACAACAUCGUCUGUAACUACUGAGGAUGAACGAAAACGAAAGCAAUUUGACCCUGCAGAAAUGUUCAUUAAGGAUUGGAGAUCGUACAGGUGCAAAACAUGGCACUUAGAGCCUACUGUUAGACUUUUAUCAUGGGCUGGGAAAAGCAUAGAGCCUUACGGUAUUGAUUACAUAUUACAAAAACUGGGAUUCGCUCAUGCACGAACAACAAUUCCAAAGUGGAUUCAGCGCGGAUUUAUGGAUCCCUUAGAUAAAGUACUCGCUGUAUUGAUGAUACGAAUGGUUUUGGCUGUCCGCGAAGACACACCUGAUGAAAAGGAUCGCAAAAAAGAAAAAUAAAAUCCAAAAAAUCCAAUAUUGAUUUUUUAUUUUUUUUUAAUUAUUUUUAUUACUCUUGUUCAGUACGAUAACAAGAAGUCUGUAUAAUUUGAAAUUCAGUUUCCACACUUCUAGUUGUGAAAGCAUUAAAUUGAAAUAAUGUAGAAUACUUUCACAUUUCUACUGACAUGGGUUCAACGAAAAAAAUUGAUUGAAACGUAUGUAUACUGAAUUUACGAUAAGCCAGAAGUAGAAUACAGAAACGACUUAGUGAAUCGUAACGUAAGUCGGGAAUGUGAGUGUUUGUAUAAGAGAUAGUUAUGUAACGUUUUCUCAUUUGUAGUUUUACUCAAAGUUAUGGAAUUGAAUUAGUGUUCCAUACCUGCUAUACAUAUGCUUUUGUAUAUAAUACGUAAAGAUUUGAAUAUUAAGACCAUGAUAAUUGAUGUUUUCCAAAACAAUUAUUAAGUGUAUCAUUUAUUAUUAUACUAUGUACAACUGUACACCGAUCAAUAAUCUAUUUUUUUUAUGUGAUAUAUAUGUCUGAUGGUUUAUGUAAUCCUUCUGACAUCCAAAUAGGUCAGAUUAUGUAUAUCUCUUGGAAGAUUGUAAUACAAGUUUUCUUACACUUACGCUUCGAUUGUACUUUGAGAUUCCGACCUAGACGAUCAGUUACUCUAAUUAAACGCAACGUAGGAGUACGUUUGUGACGUCACAGUUAUCGGCACCAUUAAUAAUUUUAAUGUUUACCUGAAAAAAGAGUUGAAUAAUGUGAGGUGUUUCAGAAUGCUUUACGGAUAAACGAGCUCAUGAUUUGAUAUUUAUAAAUUUCAUGUAUUUUCGG